AUGGAUAAGGCACUGGCCUCCUACGCCAGGGAUUGUGGGUUCGAGUCCCAUCUGGGUGUUAAAAUUAAAUUUCUCUCAAAUUUGUAUUUCUGCCCAUUUAAUAUCCGCGAAACAUGUCCUUUAAAUUUGCAGCCUGAUAGAGGAGCAAAGCGUCCAAGGGAUGAGGAUGGAGGAUCAGCUGGAGGAGACGAAGACUCCAGAGGAGGGAAGCAGCAGAGGGGACUGAGUGCCAGGGACAUGGCCAGAUACCGCGAAGCAGCAGCAGCUGCAGGAAUAGAAAUUGGGGCUGACAUGAGGGACACUGAGGAGCUGAGUGGGGACAAGAGGAAGAUUCUGGAGAAGCUGAUGGAUCAGGAUGAAGAGGAACCUGAGGCAGAACCGGUGGAUGAAAGUUCAGUGAAGAAAAUGAUCCUGACCUUUGAGAAACGGUCGUACAAAAAUCAGGAACUGAGGAUCAAGUUCCCAGACAACCCUGAAAAAUUCAUGGAGUCGGAGCUGGACCUGAACGACAUUAUCCAGGAAAUGCAUGUGAUCGCCACAAUGCCAGACCUGUAUCACCUGCUGGUGGAGCUCAAUGCUGUCCACUCACUGCUGGGCCUCCUCAGUCAUGAGAACACUGAUGUUGCCAUAGCAGUGGUGGACCUGCUGCAGGAGCUGACAGAUAUCGACACACUUCAUGAGAGCGAGGAGGGAGCUGAGGUGCUCAUAGAUUCUCUGUUGGAGGGUCAGGUGGUGGCCUUGCUGGUGCAGAACAUGGAUCGGCUGGAUGAACAGGUGAAGGAGGAGGCUGAUGGCAUCUUCAACACACUGGCUAUCAUAGAAAAUAUGGCGGAGUUCAAACCUGGCCUGUGCACAGAGGCAGCCCAGCAGGGACUCAUGCAGUGGCUGCUCAAGAGAAUCAAGGCAAAGAUGCCUUUUGAUGCUAACAAGCUGUACUGCAGUGAGAUCUUGGCUAUCUUGCUGCAAAACAACGACAAUACCAGAGAACUAUUGGGAGAGAUGGAUGGCAUUGAUGUGUUACUGCAGCAACUCUCUGUCUUCAAACGUCACAACCCGUCCACAGCUGAGGAGCAGGAGAUGAUGGAGAACCUCUUUGAUGCUCUGUGUUCCUGCCUGAUGCUGCCAGCCAACCGGGACCGCUUCCUCAGAGGGGAGGGGCUCCAGCUGAUGAAUCUCAUGCUGAGAGAAAAGAAAAUGUCUCGAACCAGUGCUCUGAAGGUCCUGGACUACGGGAUGAUUGGUCCUGAGGGAACAGAUAAUUGCCAUAAGUUUGUGGACAUCCUGGGCUUACGAACCAUCUUCCCACUCUUCAUGAAAACCCCCAAGAAGAUGAAGAAAACCGGCGCUUCAGAGAAAGAGCAUGAAGAGCACGUCUGCUCCAUCAUCGCCUCCAUGCUGAGAAAUCUCAAGUCCCAACAGAGAAGCAGACUGCUCACCAAGUUCACAGAGAACGACUGUGAGAAGGUUGAUCGGCUGAUGGAGUUGCAUUUUAAGUACCUGGAGGCUGUUCAACAGGCUGACAAGAGGAUCGAAGGAGAGAAACAUGACAUGGUUCGUAGGGGGGAGAUCCUUGAUGACAGUAUGGAGGAUGAGUUCUACCUUCGUCGCCUGGAUGCUGGAUUGUUCGUCCUUCAGCUGAUUUGCUACAUUAUGGUGGAGAUCAGCAACUCUGGGAUAUCUCAGCUUCAGCAGAGAGUCCACCAAAUCCUCAACCUAAGAGGAGGCUCUGUUAAAGUAGUGCGGCACAUCAUGAGAGAAUAUGCUGAGAGCAUCGGAGACGGGAAGAGUGAUGAGUUCAAAGAGGCUGAGCGGAAGAGGAUCAUGGACCUCUUGGACAGCUUCUAGCCUCAAAAUGUUUCUUUCUAUAUAUUUUUUUUUUACACGUGAGAACAUCAAGACCAUCUGAUUGAGAGCUUAUGGGGAUUGUGACCAUGACCCUGUGACACUUAACGGUCUGUGGGCAUGAUAUACGUCAAAAACUGUGAUGACUAGUCUGCUGAAACCCGCCUCUUUUAUUUACAAGUUUAAUUACGUUAACAGAACAUUUUCAAAUAACCAAAUUUAAACAGCCUUUUUCCCCCUGAUCCAUGAGAUGAAAAUACUCAUGUAUCUGGUUAAUUGGUUUAGGUUUAAUUGACAUUUUUCGGUCAUUGAUAUAAAAUUCAUUUGAUAAACACAGUCAUCUUGUGCAGUAGAACUGGUUCCAAUUCAAAGAUGCUGUGCGUGUUAACCUGCUCACAGUAGAAUCAGCAGGAGUGGAGAGCAGGAGAGCAGGAGAUUGCAGCUCAGCUGAAAGAGAGAAAAUGAGAUAUACUCAGAGCGACUGUGGAUAAUUACAGACAGACUUUGCAGGCAUCUGCAAACUUAAUAUCUCUCCCUCGGCUCUCCCGCUUUACCUGCUUUGUUUGUUUUGGAUUUGAGUGUAAAAUAUUUUCUAAUAAAACAUUUGGUAAUAAAAAUCUGA